AUGGGAAUUGCCGGACUCCUGCCCUUGCUGAAAGAUAUCCAGCGCGAUUCGCAUGUCGAAGCGUAUCGCGGCAAAACGCUCGGCAUUGAUGCAUAUGUGUGGCUGCAUCGUGGCGCGUAUGCGUGCGCUACGGAGUUGGCACUAGGAAAACCUACAACACGUUAUAUCACUUAUGCGAUGCAUCGCAUAAAAAUGCUGCAACACUACGGAGUGCGUCCCUAUGUGGUUUUUGACGGCGGCCACUUGCCCAGCAAGGCGGGCACGGAGGCGGAACGCGCAGCACGUCGGAAGGAUCAUCGCGCUCGGGGUAUGGAGCUGCAUGCGAAGCACCAAAAUGCAGCGGCGCGUGAGGCGUUUGUACGAAGCGUGGAUGUGACGCCUCAGAUGGCGUAUGAGCUGAUCAAACAGCUCAAGGCCCAUGGCAUUUCGUACAUUGUCGCGCCAUAUGAAGCAGACGCGCAGUUGGCGUACUUGGAACAGGAAGGCCUCAUUGACGGCAUUAUCACAGAGGACUCUGAUCUGUUGGUCUUUGGAUGCAAAACGGUGCUGUUUAAGUUGGACACCUAUGGCCAUUGUGUCGAGAUUCAUCGCGAUCGGUUUGCUGCGGCGAAGCAAAUCAACUUGGCUGGGUGGACAGACAAGGCGUUCCGGCAAAUGGCCAUCUUGUCGGGCUGUGACUACCUUCCCUCGAUCGUCGGAAUGGGCCUCAAAAAUGCACACCGAUUGCUGCGCAAGUACGACUCUAUUCAUCAGGUGCUACGAGCCCUGCGUCUCGAAGGUAAAAUGACUGUGCCGCCCAGCUAUGCCGAAGACUUUGAGCGGGCUGAGUUUACCUUCGCACAUCAGCGUGUGUGGGAUCCGCGAGGGGAGGGGAGUAUGACGACUCUCACGCCCUUGCCCAGCGAGGCGGCAAAGGAACACAUCGCAUACAUUGGCGCGCCGCUGACUUGGGACCAGGCCCGCGCCAUUGCGCAUGGCGAAUGGUGUCCCAUCACACAACGUCCUUUUGCUGCCUCUGCAGCGUCAUGGCAAGCCCCCACGUUGGCCACGCCAUCGCAGCCACGCGCAGCCCAGCCUACGCUCAAUGCCUUUUUCCGACGCACGCCCUCGGUGCCACGUUCGACAACAAUUACGACCGCUGUAGUCACCCCUGUGCCUCGUGGACUUCAAGAAACAGAGUCGUCUUGCAGUACAGCCGAGUCGCUCUUUGAUACCACCGUCGAAAAGAGAGAAAGCACGCCGUGCACAUCGCCUGUGUCAGGCAUUGACGAAGACGAGGCAGCCCAUACCAAACCAUCGUCGCCACCCUCGCCGCUCUCGUCGCCCCUGUGUGCUCGUCAUAGCGAUGUCGAUGCAGGCAUUUCCAGCCCUACAUCGUCGCCGGUCGCCUCGCCACCACGUAAGCCGCCGCUGACCAGCACGCCCUGUGUACGUCGAACACCAUCGGCGCCUGUGACUCCCGGCUUGACGUGGACAACGUCCGCUGCCGCGUACUCUGCCAGCGGCGAAGAGGCCAGUGACAACGACGAUAUGGCCCGCCGUGCUGCAUGGUUCCAGCGUUUCCGAUUCUCUGGCGCACGAGCACGGCACGUUGUGUUGCCAGGCACAUCGCCAUCCCCAUCUCCGUCCACGGACCCACGCCCUACGCCGCCUCGCUUGCCUCUCGGGAAACGUGCUGUGCCAGAGACACCUGGUACGCCAGGCACGUACGCCAAGCGAAGGGCCAUGUCAGAUACCCCUCUUCGUACGGAUGCUACUACGCCCAGCAGCGGAAUAUAG